AAUCUUCUCCCCAUUUACCAGCACCAAAGGAUGUGACGAUUUAUUCCUAUAACUUUCGUAGUUUGCUGAGGUGGUCUCCUGUUAAAGUGGAUAGAGGCUUGGUGUUAUAUACAGUCCAUUUUAAAACAGGGGCCUUUAACCAGUGGGAUGAGGUGAACUGCACCCGUAUCACCCAGACUGAAUGCAGUUUUCCCUGGUCACUUAAGGAGCGACGCUGGACUGUAGUUUUGCGCGUGAGGGCUGAGCUAGGGCAAGUGACUUCUGACUGGGUGGAAACAGAUCCAUUUGUGGCAGAGAGAAACACAACUAUAGGGCCCCCUAAAGUGAACAGUGUGAUUGUAAGCUCUGACUCACUUCUCAUUAGCGUCACACCCCCUUUUGGAUCCGAAUCAGGUGACUCUCUUCAGUAUCAUGUGUCCUACUGGGAGAACGCAACAAGUACUACUAAAAAAGAGACAAAGUCAAGCAAUACACUAUUCAAAAUCAGAAGUCUAAAGGAAUUGACACUUUAUUGUUUUAGAAUUCAAGUAGAAUUGAUGACACAUUCAGAUCUCCAGUUAUUUGGUCUGCAAAGUGUCCCAGAGUGUUACAGAACUACAAUCAGUGAGGCAACCAGAUCUGGAUAUAUUAUAUUAAUAUUUGUAUCGAUCUUACUUCUUGUAAAUCUGGUAGCGGUUGGUUUGCUUCUUCUGUGGAGAUACCACAAAGCAAUUAAAUAUUGGUCUCAGCCACCUUUAGAAAUCCCAUCACACUUUGAAGAG